AUGGGCGAUUACCAGGUUGCAGGUGUUCAGCAGGACGCACUCGGUGCCGUUCAAUUAGAACUGGGAGGAAAUCCAAAUGCGCUGGCUUUGCGGCGGCCUUUCGACCCUUUGGCCCACGAUUUGGAGGCAAGUUUCCGAUUGACGCGGUUCGCGGAUUUGAAAGGGCGCGGAUGCAAAGUGCCCCAAGAGGUUCUCAACAAGCUCGUAGAAGGCUUGCAGCAGGAUUACAACUCGGCCGCAGAACAUGAACACGCUCAUUUUAUGCAUAUGGCAAUUCCUAGGAUUGGAAUCGGCCUUGAUUGUUCGACCACAGACUUCUUUUACCCCUUGGUGGACGACCCUUACAUGAUGGGAAAAAUAGCGUGCGCGAACGUACUAAGCGACUUGUACGCGAUGGGCGUAACGGAAUGCGACAACAUGCUGAUGUUGCUCGGGGUGAGCACGAAAAUGACCGAAAAGGAGCGAGACGUCGUGAUCCCCUUGAUAAUGCGCGGCUUCAAAGACUCCGCCCUGGAGGCGGGCACCACCGUCACCGGCGGCCAGACGGUGGUGAACCCGUGGUGCACCAUCGGCGGCGUGGCCACCACCGUCUGCCAGCCCAACGAGUACAUAGUCCCCGACAACGCUGUAGUGGGGGAUGUUUUAGUCUUGACUAAGCCGCUGGGCACGCAGGUGGCGGUGAAUGCGCACCAGUGGCUCGACCAACCGGAGCGCUGGAACCGCAUCAAGCUGGUGGUGAGCGAAGAGGACGUGCGAAAAGCGUACCACCGCGCUAUGGACUCUAUGGCGCGACUCAACCGCAUCGCUAGCCGUUUAAUGCACAAAUACAACGCGCACGGGGCUACAGACGUGACGGGGUUCGGUCUGCUCGGUCAUGCGCAGACGCUCGCGUCGCAUCAGAAAAACGAGGUUUCCUUCGUUAUUCACAACCUGCCGGUGAUUGCUAAAAUGGCAGCGGUCGCGAAGGCUUGCGGGAAUAUGUUUCAACUUUUGCAGGGGCACUCUGCUGAGACCUCGGGCGGGCUUUUGAUCUGCCUGCCGCGGGAGCAGGCGGCGGCUUAUUGCAAGGACAUUGAGAAGCAGGAGGGGUACCAGGCGUGGAUUAUCGGGAUCGUGGAGAAGGGCAACCGCACCGCGCGCAUCAUCGACAAGCCGCGAGUCAUCGAGGUGCCGGCCAAGGAAUGAGUUUUUUUUUUUUUUCGUUUUCUAACUGUAACGGCGGUUAAUUUUAUAACUGCUUUCGUUAUUAUUAUUCAUAGAGCUUGUAAAUUGUUUCUGUGCGACUUUUCGAAAAUAAAUCUCAUUUAGUCCGGUUUAUGUUUAAACUGUAAAAAUCCUGUGUUUUUGUUCCAAAAUUUUUAGGAUAGGAAGAUGUUUGUGGUAUUUUGUAUGAUAAUUUUUCAAAUAUAAUGAUUAUACAAAUCAGAUUUUUAUUUCUUCUAUUUCAAUUAUCACAAAUUGAUUAUAAUAAUUAUUUUUCUACUUAACAUAUAUUUAGUAGUGGAUAAUAUUUAUCACAUGCAAUUUUAUUAAUGUAAUGGUUAUGAUUCCAA